GCACGCAGCCUUACUUAGACUCCGACACCUCGUGGGACUACAUGGAGGCAGGCUACGCACUGGAAGACUCCAGCAGGUACAACCCCGCGCCCGUCACCGUGCCCGGGCCUCGCGUGGUGGCCAACCUGCGCCGUAAGUCCUCCAAUGCCCCUGAAGACCUUGAGGCUCCGCACUCCCUGGAGACGCUCCUGGAAGACUCGGACCGGCCCCCCACCGCCCCCUCUUCCUCCGUGUCGCUUUCCCCCCGCCCUGCAGUCCGAACCCUCCACGGAGCUCGGUGAGGAGGACGGCCGCCGGUUAUUUCGCGUCUACCAGCAGCGGCAGAUGCGCGCAUGCGAGGAGGCGCGGCCCGCCGGCAGCACCACCACCGGCACCUCGCACGACUACCAGGACGAGGACGUGUACGAGGUGUGUGGGCGAGCUCGCCAGCAGACUCCUCCAGUGGUGCUGUUGAAGCACCACGUGUACCAGAGCAUCGAGUCCCUGGCCUCGCGCCUUUCCUCGGUGGCGUCUCUCAAGACUGCUGCCACGGACGCCACGCUGGAGGAGGGCGAGUUGCAGAUGUACGGCUCGCGGCACGGCGAGCCCAUCUACGGCGUGCGCAACUCACGCCUUUUCCACUCCAUGAACGGUGCCUUCGUGAGUCGGGAGGGGGAGGACAGUGCCAAGACGCCCGUGGUGAUCCGCAAGGGCCAGGCGGUGGAGCUGACGGAGGAGAUGUUCAAGGGCGGCCCCGAGGACGGCAUGGACCACCUGGCCAACAUGACCUUCCACACCACGCUGUUACCCGCCGCCAGGGACAAAAUGUUCUUCCACAAUACCGUCUCUUCCACAGAGUCCCGCGAAGUGCAUCUCCUAUGA